UCCCGCCCUCCGUUGCGAGCGAGCAACGUGAUUGGCCCAGGCCUCGGAAAGAGUGCCCGGGGAUCCAAAUGUACAGGCCGCAUUUAUCUUAGUGUCGAAAAAUAAACCCAAACAAUAACAGACACAACCGAGAAAGGAAACAUAUCGACGAUCCAUUUGAAGGAGUCCAUAAUAAGGGUUCUCUCUCCCAAUGGAAGGAAGAAACACCAGCAACACACUGUUCUUAUUUUAGAGUGCAUUGUCAUCAAAUGUGAAGCUUUUUUAAGAUCAAAGAGAUGGACCACGGUGGAGGGAUCCUGGAGCUACACACACAGGAGUUAAAGAUGCCUCACACCAUGAUCAUGCAAGACUUUGUGGCAGGAAUGAGGGGCCUGGCCCACAUCGACGGGGAACACAUUUUGGUGUCUGUGCCUGAGGGCAUGCUCCUGUCUGACGUCAUGACAGACGAAGGCAUCCUGCUGGAGCACGGCCUGGAGGUGCAGGGCCUCGAGACGGAGGUGGAGGUGGAAGGCCUAGAGACGGAAGUUGAAGGCUUUGGAGCGGAGGUGGUGGAGCUAGAGACACAGAUGGUUGAGGGCCUCGAGACGGAGGUGGUUGAAGGCCUGGAGGUCGAGGCCCUGGAGGCGGAGGUGGAAGUCGAGGGCCUUGAAGCAGAGGUAGAGGUCCUAGAGGAAUAUCUAGAGACUGAGGUGAUUGAAGGCCCUGACAUCGGACACGAACACUUGCUGGGUUCCGAUGUGGCCAUCGAGGAGGCUAUAGACUCUCACCAUCACCAUGUUCUAACCUCAGACCUCAUCCAGGGCUCAGUCCACCAUCACCACCACCACCACAUGCCAGACCAGCUUUUUGUGGAGCACCAGGAGGAGGAGGAGGACGUGUUGGAGGGCUUGGACCAGGAGGUGUUGGUGGGGGAGGAGGAGACAGUGAUCCAGGCCCACGAGGAACUGCCGGUGGACGUGGAGGCUGUCUCUCUGCAGACUGAUGAGGAGGACUACCUCAUGAUCUCCUUGGAUGACGUUGGUGAGAAGCUGGACAGAGGAGACACUCCUCUAGGGAUCACUACUGAGGUGAUGCAUGAUGAAGAAUCCAACAAGGAGGGGUCCGAGGUCAUCAAGGUCUACAUCUUCAAAGCCGAGGCUGAUGAUGAUGUGGAGAUAGGUGGGACCGAGGUGGUGUCUGAAAGUGACUGCCAUAACGGCCACCAUGCUGGGUUGGAGUCUGGGGGAGGAGGCAGACAUGGCCGGGGGGAGAGGAUGGUCUACAUGGCUGUGAAGGACCACGCCCAGUCAGAGGAAGAUAUCAAUGUGUCAGACAUGGCAGAGCAGGUGUACAUGGAGGUGAUUGUAGGAGAGGAUGAGACCUCUGCAGUCCAGGAGAACCAGCUAGAUGACUCUCCAAACAGCAAGAUGUUAGUCCCUGUCUCCUGGCCUGCUGCCUACGAUAACAACAGUGUGGACACGGUGAGGAAUGGAGGGACCAGGCCAUACCUUCAGAUCAGAGACGGUCAGGGCACCAACAGAGCCCUCAAACAGAAGAUCAAGAAGAAGAAGAGGAAUGGCGAGACACGGCAGUGCCAGACCGCUGUGAUCAUCGGUCCAGACGGCAUGCCCCUGACCGUCUACCCCUGUCACAUCUGUGGUAAGAAGUUCAGGUCACAAGGCUUCCUCAAGUGCCACAUGAAGAACCAUCCUGACCACCACCUUAAGAAGUACCAGUGUACCGACUGUGACUUCACCACCAACAAGAAGGUCAACUUCCACAACCACCUGGAGUCCCACAAGCUACUGGUCCAUCGCAGUGACCGAGACAGAACCUCUUCCCCAGACUACCCAGAAUACAACAGGACCACCCCAGAGUACCCAGAAUACAACAGGACCACCCCAGAGUACCCAGAAUACAACAGGACCACCCCAGAGUACACAGAAUACAACAGAACCACCCCAGAGUACACAGAGUAUACCCGGCGUUACCACGAAGACAGCCAGCUAGGGUCUAACAAGCUGAUCCUGAGGGACAAGGAGUCCAAACUGCACCACUGUAAGUACUGUGACUAUGAGACUGCAGAGCAGGGGCUCCUCAACCGUCACCUAUUGGCCGUUCACAGCAGGAACUUCGCCCACGUGUGCGUGGAGUGCACUAAAGGCUUCCGUCACCCGUCAGAGCUCAAGAAGCACAUGCGGACCCACACGGGGGAGAAGCCGUACUGCUGCCCGCACUGUGACUUUCGCUGUGCAGACCAGUCCAACCUAAAGACUCACAUCAAGAGCAAGCACGGUGCCGACCUGCCUUUUAAGUGUGGCCACUGCCCCCAGGCUUACGCUGACGAAGGGGAGCUGCAGCGGCACACAGAGAUGGUGCAGGGCCACAAGACCCACCAGUGUCCCCACUGUGAACACAAGAGCACCAACUCCUCUGAUCUAAAACGACACAUUAUAUCUGUUCACACCAAAGACUUCCCUCACCAGUGUGACGUGUGUGAGAAGGGCUUCCACCGGCCCUCUGAGCUGAAGAAACACUCAGAGACGCACAAGGGCAGCAAGGUGCACCAGUGCAGGCACUGUAACUUCACGACCUCUGACCCUUUCACCCUCAGCAGACACAUCCUGUCCGUUCACACCAAGGACCUCCCCUUUAAGUGUAAACGCUGCCGGCGAGGGUUCCGCCAGUCCACGGAGCUGAAGAAACACAUGAAGACCCACAGCGGGAGGAAGGUGUACCAGUGUCAGUACUGCGAGUACAACAGCCCGGACGCUUCAGGAUUCAAACGCCACGUGAUCUCGAUCCACACCAAGGAAUACCCCCACUGCUGUGACUACUGUUGUAAAGGCUUCCGAAGGCCCUCGGAGAAGAGCCAGCACAUAGCCAGGCAUCACAAAGAGAUGCUGAUGGAGCGUUGUUAAUACAAUUUUGACACAACGUUACCCGGACAGACUGGCACACUCACUCCUUAGUCUACGUAGACCUGAUUAACACGACAAAGGGGGAACACGUUUCGGCAGUUGAUAAGGAUGGAAUGGUACAUUUAGACUGCUAGCAACGGUAACAUUCUGACUGUUUCUCUUUUUCUACUGGUUGUAUAGAGUAGGAAGAGGUCUCACCAGACCCCCCCCCCCCAUUUCCUUUCCCCCAGGUGUAAUCAAACUGAGCAUGUGGUGGAAGUUGGUGAAGUUUAAAAGCAGUGUACAUGUUGUCAGUGGUGCGCCUGUCACUCUGUCUGUAUUUAUCUGCAGAGAGAGGAUUCACCAUAUGAUUAACAGUGGGUUUUUCAGGGUCUCGAAAUAUGUCUGUGUGUGUUCCUGUUGAAUAUCUGGAAGAAAGAAGUGGACAGAAGUCCUCUAAUAUAGGAGGUGGUUAUUUGAGAACAUCAUUCAGGCCUGUUCUUCUCUAUCUCACCAGACUGUAUCUGGAUCAAACUAGUGCAUACUGUAUCUGGAUCAAACUAGUGCAUAUUGUAUCUGGAUCAAACUACUGUAUCAAACUAGUGCAUACUGGAGAGCUGCAAUGCUCUGCUAACAACUUGUAUCUUCAAACCUGGGUUCAAAUAAUUUUUGAAAUAUUUCGUAUACGUUUAGCUUUCCUUUAUCCUGCCUAGAGUGGACUUUUGCGAAUCGGUUGGUUCUGUUUUGCCUGGCAAGUCCAACGAAGGUAUGUAUUUGAAACUAUUACAAAUAGUUUUUGAACCCAGGUCCAAGUAUCCUCCCAAUAACCUGGUUUAUACCCAAAUACCGUUUGUUUUUUUAAAGGCAAUCUGAAUCACAAUCAUGUCAUUAUGAGCCUGUGGGCCCUGUUUGGGUGGUCCACCUGUGAGGUCAGAGUGGAACAAUGUUUACACAAGCACCUUAAUCUACGAGCUACGAAACCAACUCGUUUUUAAAAAAACAAACAGAACUUUGUUUUGUUUCUUCUUAACAGUGCCAAUUUAUUAUUAAUUAAACUUUAAUGUUUUGGUGUUUGGUGGACAGAUGGUUCUGUAUGUUUGGUAAAAAACGCUUGUCACCACAGUUUUUUGACCUUGUGAAUGCCACUGUAAGUUGUGUAUAUGACCAUGUGAAUGCCACUGUAAGUUGUGUAUAUGACCUUGUGAAUGCCACUGUAAGUUGUGUAUGUGUCAUCACAUGGAACACAGAUGUGGUCACACACAAGCCAACCAUCCGAUGGUCAGGUCUUAUGUUCCGUUUCUCCUCAUGCACUGAGCUCUGCUAAAACAGACAUCUGAAAAGUAAAGUGAUUUUAAGUCUCAAACGUAUGCCGUGUAAAGAGAUUGUGUGUUUGAGUCAGUUUAAAGCACUUUAACUAUUAUUUUGUUAAUUUUACAUGUACGCAAAUGUGUAUAAUGUAUAUUCCCUGAAUGAGACAAUAUGAGUGUUGUGGGUAUUUCAGGGCCUGGAGUGGGACGGUAGCGACCAGUAUUCAUCCCAAUGUAUUAUCAAUAGAGAGCUGUCUAAUGAACUCUUCUGUUUUCAUAUCUGAUAGGUAAUUGGUUGGUCAUUCUGUUGAGAUUUCUGCUCACUGGUGUCCAGCAACCCCACAGUCAGUUGGCUACACACACCUUAAGUACAAUGGUGGAGAGAUUGUCAUUGGGAGUCUUAAAGUAUGCACAUAGUCGGCUGGCCAUGAAAUGAGUUGUGUUUAAAAAAAAAUGUAUGUAUUUUUUUUUUUUUUUUUUUUUUGUCUGAUUGUUCAGAAACUACUGGUGAGGAGCAACCAAAAUAAACAAUUAUCUUUUUA